AUCGCCUAAGUCUACUAGGAACACCAAUAAGCGAAAGGAUGGCAGUCUCUGUCUUGCUCAAUUCACUACACAGUGGGUUUGGUCGCUUCAAGCAACAAUACCUAAGUGAACCAAGAGAAGAAACAGUUGCAGAAUUUAUUCACCUUGUCAGAAAGGCUGAAAUAGUACUGGACUGUGAAGCCAAAGAUUUACUCAAGGCUAGAAAGAGACCAUUCAAGAAAGGUGGAAAGUCCAAGGGCAAUGCUAGAUCAAAGCAAGACAAGUCCACAUCAAGCUGUCUUUAUUGUGAUGGAAUAGGCCAUUACAAAAGAAAAUGUCCAAAGCUAAAGGAAGAUCAGAAGAACGGAACAGUCGUUCCAUCUUCAGGGACUAAGAAGAAGUAGAAAGUUAAGCAAUGGUGAAGUCGACCUACGAGUGGGAAAUGGAGCACGGAUUGCUGCAUUAGCUGUAGGAACUUACUAUUUGUCGUUGCCCUCCGGGCUAGUUUUGGAACUGGAAGAAUGUUUCCAUGUUCCAAGUCUUACUAAAAACAUCAUUUCAGUUUCUUGCUUAGAUGCCAAGGGAUUUUCCUUUAUAAUAAAAGACAAUAGUUGUUCGUUUUAUUUUAAAGAGAUGUUUUAUGGAUCUGCUAGAUUAGUCAAUGGACUUUAUUUAUUAGAUCACGACAAACAAGUAUAUAACAUAAAUACCAAAAAGGCCAAAAAGGAUGAUUCAGAUCUCACCUAUCUGUGGCAUUGUCGAUUAGGCCAUAUAAACUUGAAACGCUUAGAAAAACUUCAAAGAGAAGGAAUUCUAGAACCAUUUGACUUA